AUGGCUGCGAGAUACCACUCUGACUCGGUAGAUGUAACCCCGCUGGGGGAGCCGCUCCACUUCGCCUUCAGCCAGCGAACCGCGCCCAACCGUUUCUACAAGGGUGCCAUGACGGAGCGGUUAUCCUCUUGGUCCCCGACAGAUCUGAAAGCGCGUGGAAUUCCCAGCAAUGAGUUGAUCAACCUGUACAAGCGCUGGGGGGAGAGUGGCUAUGGCGUGGUCUCCACCGGAAAUAUCAUGAUCGCAUACGAUCAGCUAGAAGCCCCGGGAAACCCCAUCAUUGACCUGGAGAACCCCUUCCAUGGGGAACGUUUUGAGGCGUUCUCUCGCAUGGCGUCGGAGUCGAAGAAACAUGGCAGUUUGAUCGUCGCGCAGGUCAGUCAUCCCGGUCGCCAGGUGGAAGAGCGGGUACAGGCCGAUCCCGUAUCGGCAAGUGAUGUGCAGCUGCAGACGGAGGCGAUCAAGAUGAAGUUUGCAAAACCACAUGCGGCCUCGAAGGACGAGAUCCAGGAUCUCAUUAAAAGAUGGACUCAUGCCGCGGUCUAUCUCCACAAGGCGGGAUUCGAUGGAAUCCAGCUGCAUGGCGCGCACGGGUAUCUGCUGGCCCAGUUCCUGUCGCAGACCACGAACCAGAGGACCGAUGAGUAUGGUGGAAGCUUGGAGAACCGGGCACGUCUGAUUGUGGAGGUUGCCCGGUCUAUUCGACAGGAGUUGCCGUCAUCGUCAGGGUUUAUUCUGGGUAUCAAGAUCAACUCGGUCGAGUUCCAGGCCGAGGGAUUCACCCCGGCCGAAGCCCAGCAACUUUGUCAGAUUCUGGAACACAAUGAGUUCGACUUUGUGGAGCUCUCCGGUGGAACGUAUGAGGCACCCGCGUUCUCGCGCGAGCGGGAUUCCACCAAGAACCGGGAGGCGUUCUUCCUGGAAUUUGCAUCCCUGAUUACCCCCGUGCUGAGCAAAACAAAGAGCUACGUUACGGGCGGUCUCCGGACGGCUGCGGGAAUGGUGGCUGCACUGGAGACGGUGGAUGGUGUUGGUUUGGCUCGACCUGCUUGUCAAGAAUUUAACCUUCCCCGCGAUAUCCUUGAGGGCCGAGUGGCUGGUGUGAUUGAGCAGAAGGUCGACCAGCAGAACUUCGGCUUGACAAGCGCCGCCGCGGGUACACAAAUGAAGCAAGUGGGCAAGGAUGAGCAGCCGAUUGAUCUGAGCAACGAAAAGAACCUGGCGCUCUUCAUGAAGCACCUGGGACAAUGGGCCCAGCAGGUCCAGGAAGAUGCACCCAAGAUGAAUAUGUAUGGGUUCAUGGACCUCCCCAAGGGAGAGGCUUUCCGGGGAUAA